AUGGAGCAUCCAAGUUAUACAUUAGCAGCUUUGGCCACCAUUGGUGGUACCAUGGGGUACGUUCGUAAGGGAAGUGUUCCUUCAUUGAUCGCUGGUCUAACCUUUGGUGGUAUCUACGGGUACGCCGGCUAUUUGUUAAAGCAGAACGCUGACUACGGUUUGGAAUUGGCUCUAGGAGCAUCCGGUGUGAUGUUGGCUACCGGUAUUGCCAGAGGUAUCCCAAGCAGAUUUACCAAGCCAGUUCCAUUGGUCUUGACAUUGCUAGGUGGUUUGGGCUCAUUCUACUACUACAAGAAAUACAAGGAGUUUUACCCAUGA